AUGUUUGGGAGAUUGACUCUUCCACAACUACUUUUUGCUAGCAUCCUUGGAAUUGCUGGAGGAAUGUAUAUUUAUCAACCAAUAUUUGAACAGUACUACCGAGAUAAGAUGGAAUUUAAAAAAAAGUUGAAAUUGACACAAGAAUCAGAAGAGAAGAAAAGUUAAUACUACAUGGAGUUGAACUGCAAUUGUU